AUAACCAUUCAAGAUAUAUACAUAUUUUUGAAGGCUCGUCAGUAUUGUUUCUUCAAACAAAAGGAGAGAAUAGCUAUAAACAUGUCAAAUAGGCAAAUUUCUUCAUCAGAUAGUAGAAACACUUGUAACUUAUUGAGCCAAUAUUUCAGUGGAAAGGCCAGCCUUAAAGAUCUGCAGAAACUUGGAACCAAUGGCAAAGGAGAAACCAUAGCAACCAAAGAUUUGUUGACAAAUAUAGGAGAAUCAUCAACUAAGACAACAGAAAAAGACCAGAAAUUCAUAGAUCCUGCUCCUAAAAGUGCCACAACAAAGUCUUCUAGUGAAAUGGAGGUGUCCACAAAGAAGGCCAGCAGCAGCAAAGAGAUACCAAAUAAGGAGCAAAAGGCAGCCCAGUUAUCUAUAUUCUAUGGGGGUAAAGUGGUGGUAUUUGAUGAUUUUCCAGCAGAGAAAGCCAGAGCAAUGAUGUUAUUAGCUAGAAGGGGAAUCUCUCACAAUACUUGUGCAAUUUUUCAGACGACCAACAUUGACAAAACUGCCCCGGAGAUUAAUGGAGCUAACAACUUUGAUUUGCCUAUUGCAAGAAGAUCUUCACUUUAUAGGUUUCUUGAGAAGAGGAAAGAUAGAGGCACAGCUAGAGCUCCAUACCAAAUGCAUAAUCUGUUGCCCUCCUCUUCAAGGAAUGGUGGAGACCAAUUUGAUCUCAACUUCUAGUUAUAAUCAACUCUGAUCCACGUUUAAUAUUAUCGAUAAGUUAUAUAUGCUUCAGUAAUAUUAUCAAAGAAUACUUGUUAGUAAGUAGGAUUGGUGAUGAAAUCUCUAUUUAAUGAACCUAUCAUUGUAAGUUGAUUCUAUUUAAUGAUUAAAAAAAAAUGUAUAUAUUGUUAAUUCUAAA